GGAAGUAAAACAAGUGUAGAAGGAGAGAAACUCCUCAGAAUGAAUUGACAGGUAAACCUUUACUUUAUCCUCCCCACUCUACCUUCAUUCUGCUGGUCAGUUUUGCCGAUUGACUCCGAGGGAAACGAGAAUUUAAAAACCUACCGGGAAACUACGUCCAAGAAUGGCAGAGAAGGUGCUGGUCACAGGUGGAGCGGGUUACAUUGGGAGUCACUGUGUGGUGGAGCUCAUAGAAGCAGGCUUCCAGCCGGUUGUAGUGGAUAACUUCAGUAAUGCUGUAAGAGGAGAAGGUGAUGUUCCAGAGAGCAUACAUAGGAUACAGAAGCUCCUGGACACCAGCAUUGAGUUUCAUGAAUUGGAUCUUUUGGACAAACCUGGCUUGGAAAAACUCUUUAAAAAGCAUUCUUUCAGUGCAGUGAUGCACUUUGCUGGUCUGAAGGCUGUAGGGGAGUCAGUGGAGCAGCCGUUACGCUACUACAGGGUCAACCUCACCGCCUCCAUGAACCUGCUUGAGGUGAUGCAGGCUCACAGGGUGCACAAUCUGGUCUUCAGCAGCUCUGCCACAGUGUACGGAGACCCUCAGCACCUUCCCAUCGAUGAGCAGCACCCUGUUGGGGGCUGCACCAACCCCUAUGGCAAGACCAAGUACUUCAUUGAGGAGAUGAUCAUGGACCACUGCAAAGCUGAAAAGGACUGGAACGCAGUGCUGCUACGCUAUUUCAACCCAAUUGGAGCUCAUUCAUCUGGCCUGAUAGGAGAGGAUCCUCAGGGUAUCCCGAACAACCUGCUGCCAUAUGUUGCCCAGGUUGCCAUUGGAAGAAGACAGUGUCUGAGUGUAUUUGGGAAUGACUACGACACACCUGAUGGGACAGGUGUGAGAGAUUAUAUCCACGUUGUAGAUCUAGCAAAAGGACACAUAGCAGCUCUGAAGAAACUGAAGGAAGACUGCGGAUGCAAAGUUUACAACCUCGGAACAGGAAGAGGCUACUCAGUGCUCCAGAUGGUGACAGCCAUGGAGAAGGCAUCAGGGAGACAGAUCUCGUACAAAAUCUCCCCACGUAGAGGGGGCGAUAUAGCAUCCUGCUAUGCUGACCCUUGUCUAGCAGAGAAGGAGCUGAGCUGGAAGGCCAGCUUUGACCUGGAAAGAAUGUGUGAGGAUCUUUGGCGCUGGCAGUCGAUGAAUCCCACUGGAUUUUCCAAUGGCACUGCCUCAUGAUGAAUCUCCUGCUUGUGUUACCAUCAAAUCCUCUCCUAAAUCACCGGGCCAAAGGGAACCAUAUAAGCCUCCACAUUUUUCCAUAUUGCAUUAUACCUGAAACUUUGAGUGGAGCCAAAUUCUUUGUUUUAUUAUGCUUCAUUUUCUAUAUGUUCCAUAUUCCCACUGUACUGUUGUAAGAGAAACAUGUACACUUUUUGGGGUUUCCCUGUAUUAUUAUUUCAAAUUAACAAUUAAUUUUUUCUCUUUGAAUGUAUAGAGCUGUGAGCCAUAAAAGAAUAAAUACAUUUUCUUACUGAAGAAACUGAAACCUGCAUUUUGACUCCAUUAUCAAUUAGUCAAUCCAUUUUUAUUUGGGUAGCGCAAAUUCAUCGCAAAUGUUAUCGCAAAACACUUGACAAGAGAGCCGGUAUAGACCGGUAUAGACCGUUUCACUUGUUAUAUUAUUUACAGAGAUAGUGAAACGGGGAUGUUUUGAAAUUGUUGUGAAAUAAUAAAGAAUGUCAGACUUCA